AUGUAUCGACACGGUCUGGAAUCAGAAGAACAACGGCAUGAGGAUCUUCUAUUACUUCCCACGCAAUCGGACACGCAGACGACGGAGGAAAGAACAACGGCGAACCCAACCACUCAGGGUGCCACUGAUGAGGGCGGCAGCGGUGCUGCAGAUGGGGAAGGUGCAGCGACUUACCUCACACCGCGUGCAGUGAGUGUGGACUCUGAUUUAACCUUGGAAGACCUCUUUGGUCCGUUCUUUUAUGUGGACAAGUCACUAGUAGUAGUGGAUCCCGCCCUACUUGGAUCUCGAAGUUUACUGCGGCGAUUCUUCGGGGACACUAUAUGCGAGACAGAUGUGGACAUUACGAGCGACAAUGAAGAAGCGCUAAGAAAAGAGGUGGAAUUGGCCAGGAAGGAGGCUUGUGUAAACUAUGUCUAUGAAUUAUUUGGUGAGGAAGGUGCAGCAAUUAUCGGUACUCAGGAGCCUAAGCCAUUCGAUUGCUUAGUUUCUUCUGUACCAGAUAAACAGAAUGUUGGUCUUUAUGAGGAAAUGUGGCUUACGGAUAUGCCAAAAAUUGCCCCUAACCGUCAGACACUUCACAUGGAACCGCGGCCGUACGUUUCUUCAAACCCUUCGGCUCCAUUGAGAAGCACGGAGCGGAGCCUUUAUACAACACAGAACGUCAUCCGGUGGUCGAUUGGCUGCCGCGACAAGUUAUUUGUUAGCAAUGCACGCAUUGUGCGAUGGAGUGACGGUAGCACCACAUUGCGGGUUGGCAGUGACUCUUUCCCGUUACAGCUGUCAAGAGAUAACGCAAUCACAAUGCUGGCUUCUCCAUCCGCGAUUAGUAAGGGAGACCUCACUUUACCCGCGAUGGUUUCUGUAAUCAACCCCAGUAAACACUUCGUUGCAGAAUGCAACAGUGCAGCUUCAAUUGAAAAAGCUGUUAACGAAGAGAAUCAACGGAUCAGGUCUGUGUCGGCCCAGCACAACCUUGCAUACAGUGUUCCAACACUUCCAAGUGUUGACUGGAACAAUUUAGCUGCAUCUGGAACACCUGAAGGGGAGUUCCUCGCGAGGUCGUACAAUCUUCGUAAAAAGAUGAUGGAACAAAGGAAGAACAGAGGAGAACCCAUGACGCUUACUGAGCAGCUGCAAAUGGAAAGUGAACUAUUUGAGAAAUUGCAGAGUCUCAGUGCCAAGGAACUUCUGGAGCAACAGCAGGAACAGGAGCGACAAGCAGCCCUCCGCUCUCUGACGCGGCAGAAUCAGACAGCUCAUCGCCGUCGUUUCGAGAGGACUGUAGAGCUUGAAGGUGGUGAAUAUCGUGAGGGACAUAAUAGUAUGGGUGGGGGUAAUACUGGCUUGAACGGUGGAGACUUUGAUAAUAAUGAUGAGGAUGAAGAAAUCGAAGAUGAUUACGAAACAAUGCUGGAAAACGUGCGGCGCAAGCGGCAGCGAGAAGACGAUGAGGCCGAUGCGAAACAUGCUCGCAAUAUUCGCUUGUAUGAACAAGCAAGGGCGGGGCAGUACGGCAGCCUCAUAGAUUCCAUGCAGGAUCUUCUUUCUCAACUCCCGGACGGUUCCAUUGUUCGGGAAAGCGUGGACGAAACGGUUGAGUUCCUUCGUGCUGGGUCUUUUUCCCCUGCGGUCGUCAUUAAGGAGGUUCCACUGAUGCUGGAGGGAGUGGCGAGUGAGUGCCCGGAUGUUGACAUCGGUAAGGUGAGGGAGGAAUUGCGCAAGCUACAUGAGCGAAAGUGA